CAGAAGAUGGCAGCAGAGAUACUGGACGCUUUAUCUUGUUAAAACCCAAACAGGAAGCGGUGCACAGUGAACUGUCUUGCUGUUUGAACUUCAGCUGAACGUGAUGUCGUGUGUUAAAGUUCAUCUGACGGCACUAAAUGUUUUUUCCUCUCAUGCACCGACAGCUGAGUCCGGUUUGCUGCAGGCUGGACUUUGGACCUGCAGGAUCAUGACCUCUGGGACUCUCGGGUCACGUCUGGUUGCUUGUCUUCUGAACGUCUCUGAGGCUCGUAGGACGGACCUGGUGGAGAACGUGGCCAAGGCUGCUUUGUACGACGCAGCAGGCAGGCAACGGAAGGAAACCACGGUGCUGAACAUCUUCAACGAUCAUGACUAUAACCGAUCCGUCAUCACCAUCGUGGCCUCCAUCGACUGCAUCAGAGACGCGGUGCUGUCUGCGUCCCAGGAGGCGUGCGCGCUCAUCGACAUGCGCCGGCACGUGGGCGUGCACCCCUGCAUGGGGUCGGUGGACCUGAUCCCCAUUUACCCGCUGGGGGAGGCGGUGGGGCAGCGGGACUGCGUCCAGCAGGCCCUGGCGGUGGCGCUGGGGCUCACGGAGACCGUCCGCGGCAGCAGCGUCUUCCUGUUCGGCUGGGCGGACGCGGCGCUGCGGCGCGGCCUGGCCCGCAGGAGGAAGGAGAUGGGCUGGUUCCGGAAGAGUCCGGACCUGCGGGCGCUCACCGCCGACGUCGGGCCGCCACCGCGGGAACGAUACGGACUCACAGGAGUCGGAGCCGGUCCCUACGUCAUGAACUGUAACGUUUCCAUCGACACGCAGGACGUCGCCGUCGGCCGCCGCGUCGCCGCCGCCCUCAGGGAGUCGGCGCCCGGUGGGCUUCCUGGGGUCCAGGUGCUGGCUCUGCCACAUGAGGGCGCCGUGGAGAUCGCCUGCAACGUGGAGAGCGUGGCGGGAGCCGUGGCGCCGAGCAACCCGCCAUGGCCGCGCUUCGUCGUCGACGGGCGGCCAUAUUGCCACGCCCCGGCCGCCCUCAUCGCGGCUCGAGUGGCGGAGCUGGCGGGGCAGCAGGGGGUCAUGGUGAAAGGCACCGCCCUGGUGGGGUUUACCCAGGAGUGCAGGGGCUUAGCUGAGCUGGCUUUGUCUGAGGGGAUCGGGGAGUUCUGGAGGGAGCAGCGAAGGAUCCGCAUGUGAAAACUGCAAACACAAACCAUUCUCCGACUUACCACUGUCACUGCAACGGGCAGAAUCAUGUAAAGUCAACUUUAUUACAUCAUGUCAUCAGAAUCAAACCUGGAGCGUUGUUUGAGAAAUCCUUUCAUCUCCAUGGCAACCACUCAGCUGAGCAAAAGGCCUGGGUGGACCUAGCCCCGCCCACAAGGCACAGAUCCUCCUCUGAGCUGCAGUUUCCAAGCUUUCACCGCCCCCCUGCACCUCCACUCUACUCCUCCAGACUAGCUGGCAGCAAUUAGCAAACACCUGCUGAGAUGAUUGUAGAAAUGGUUAACAGGUUAACAGAGCAGCCAUGUUGGAGGCGGAGCUUCAGAACCAGGAGUUUUUAACUGGCAGUUUAAUGGUUUAUGAGAUUAAAAUUAGUUACAAGAACUAAGACAGCAGCCAUAUCAGAACAGAAAAGAGAAACGUUUCAGUCUUGUAGGGCCAGAAAAUGGACUUUAUGUGGUUCUGCUUUGAAAUAU